AUGGUAGAUCCUCUCAAAGAAGAGACCCGAGGUCCGGCAAGUUCGGAGACACCCGACCCAUCCACCCUGUACUUCUUACCACUGGUCGACCAUUGGGCGCAGCUUGUUCUCAACGAGUGCCGUCUUCAGGGUUUCACCCCGGAUCCGAACUUCUGCGCGUGGCUCGAGCGUUAUUCCCCCCCUUCCUCCAUCACUGCGGAAGAUCAGAAAGCCGCGUCUACCGUCGAGGAAUCCCUCCGUAUUUCUUCCCCGUGUUCACAGGAUGCGUAUCUAGAGGGGUCUGAGGUUUACACCGCCUCGGGAAAGCCCUUUCGGCUUCCAUACGAUCUUUUAAGCGGCGCCUAUCGCCUCCGCCUCCCCUGCCUCCACUACCCUCUUGCCGAUAACGAGGGUGUGAAGAUUCCCCCUGAGAUGUGCGAUCGCAACCCCUGUUGCACAGCGAGUCUUCAAAAGAUUCGCCCCACGCCGAGCGCCAUCGAGGAUUACUUGAAUUGCGUGAUGGGAGGCGCCGCUGAGAAGCCGAUUCGAUCGCCUUUUUGCACGACGGAAAAGGAGGCUACCACGAUUGCUAAUGAGGAGAAGGGAGAUCGGUCUGCGGCUUCCACCGGAGGGGGUUCCCUCCUCCGUGUUUUAUCAGAUCAAACCGCAACGACCACGAUCACACCCGAUUCGCCGUGUUUAUGGCGGGGGAUUAUGAACCUCGGCAACACCUGUUAUCUCAGCUCCACCCUGAUGCUACUCUACACGAUCCCGGCGCUGCGGCAAGCGAUUUUGCGCGAUGCCACGGACGAUCUAACGGAGGGGCCGGAGACCUCACACGAGGGCUCCUUUUCCUUUUCCUCCUCCCCCACGGCCGCUGCGGGUAGUGAGGAAGGAGGGAACCCCCCCCUCCCCCCCCCCCUUCCGCCGUCACCUCCGCUCCGAAGGUUGAGAAUCCCAUCGAUGAGGCCGACGGGCGAUCCAUUUUGA